AGGUCCACUGGACGCUAUCUAUCCCCGUCUCUUUUUAGAAACACCCCUUUAGCAUUGAUGCCCACCUCUUCUUGACAUCCCAUUCCACCUGAGAUCUCCUCCCACACUCCCACAUUAUCUCACACCUAUGUCUUUGGACAGGUGGACAGAGGUGGCAAGCGAAUGCAGCUGAGUUGACUUUACCAACCCAGUCUGGUAAAAGAUCUGUUGAGUGGAUUUGUCUGUUGACGUUCUGAAAUCCUGUUUUGUCUUUAAACUGACUUUCCAGCUGUGUUUGGUCAGCUUAGUGAGCUGACUACAAAGGGGAGACUCUUUUUAAAAAAAAUUUGAUAUCUGAAGAGGAUUGAAAAGGUACACAUUUGACCUUUUCUAGAUUUAUUUUUGAAGAAUCCUCUUCAUCUGGUGGAGAGCCUCAACCGUCACCAUGUGGGAGUUCCGUUCUAUGAAUUUUUGGCGGGCAGUUUUUGCCGAGUUCUUCGGGACCAUGUUUUUUGUGUUCUUUGGCAUGGGCGCUGCCCUGCGCUGGACCACUGGGCCUCAUCAUGUCCUUCACGUGGCCCUGUGCUUUGGGCUGGCAGCCGCUACCCUCAUCCAGUCCAUCGGCCACAUCAGCGGCGGCCACAUCAACCCUGCCGUCACUUUUGCCUACCUUGUCGGCUCACAGAUGUCUCUUUUCCGAGCCAUUUUCUACAUUGCUGCCCAGUGCCUGGGUGCUGUAGCCGGGGCUGCUGUGCUGUAUGGGGUCACACCAGGCAACAUGAGAGGCAACAUGGCAAUGAACAUGCUGCAGCCUGGCAUCAGCCUGGGGAUGGCCACCACUGUGGAGGUCUUCCUCACCAUGCAGCUUGUCAUCUGCAUCUUCGCCGUGACUGAUGAGAGGAGGAACGGACGUCUCGGAUCUGCUGCCCUCUCCAUUGGCUUCUCUGUUACCAUCGGACAUCUCAUGGGGAUGUACUACACGGGUGCUGGAAUGAACCCUGCCAGGUCCUUUGCCCCUGCUGUGAUCUUCAGAAACUUUAUCAACCACUGGGUGUACUGGGUCGGGCCUAUGAUAGGAGGUGCCAUGGGGGCCCUCCUGUAUGAUUUCAUGCUGUUCCCACGCAUGAGGGGUCUGUCCGAGCGUCUGGCCACUCUGAAGGGCAGUCGACCUCCCGAGAACGAGACCCAGCAGGACACCCGCGGGGAGCCCAUCGAGCUCAAGACACAAGCCCUAUAAACCUGCCCCUUCUCCCCUUCUCUGACUGGGGCCGAGGGAUGAGGGACAAGGCCCUGAGCUACACCAACCCCACCUCCACUGCCCCCACCCAGUGCCUUCACAUACACACACACACAGACACAAAACUAACCCAGACAACUCACGUGUAGACUAACACCUAACAACAUUUUCCGGUGGCACUCUAAAAACAUGCAGGUCAAUCACCUUUAACCUCAACACACAACAACACUCCUCUACACCCAGUCAUCUCUCUGUAUUCUGAACUGGACUUUGUGUUUUCAUAAAUGGUGACCAGAGAUUGAACCAGUAGCCGCCCCGUCUCUUCCUGCCCGCCUCUUUCCUCCUCCCAAGCAGGCUUUUGAUCUGCGAUGCAGAAACGUGUGGAAACCCCUUAAAUCCAGCAGAGAAAUUUGAGGAGGGGAGGAGACUGAGGGGUAGGAAGGAGGUGAGGCAGGGAUGUGGGAAUGAUAUGUGAGAGGGAUAAGAGAACAUGGGACAGGUGGGGGUGGAGUAGAGGGGUGGAUAGAGAGGGCAGCACUUCUGGGUUUGUGGUCGUUUCAAGUUGGGUUAGACCAGUGAAGAUGGGCAUGCUUUUCAUUAUUCACAAGAAUUCUUUUUUUUUUUCUCCAUUUUAGUUUAUUUUUUGUUUUGUUUUCUGCACUUCACACACAAGACGUGGAUGUAUGAUACCAUUAGAUUUAACCAGGGUUUCAUUAUUUUCAAUCACUACAAUUUAUCUGUGGGUUUGUGUUUGUGUGUGCGCGCAAGUGUGUGCGUGAGAGUGAGUGUGUGCCUUUGUGUGCGCCUGCGCCUGUACGUCUGGGUGUAUUUGCAAGUGAGUGCGUUUAUGUGUGUACGUGUGCGACCGAGAUCGCACAUACAGUACUUUUUAUUUCGUUUUACCGCUCUCGUGUUUCGUAACCAUUGAUUGUGCUCAUUUUUUGUCCCCAAUUUUUAAGACAUUACCAUUUCUCCUCCCCCUUCACUGUGCUAUUUGGUAUGAUAUUCAUUUUUACAUAAACCAUCUGCUUUUUUGUUCUGAACCAGCGCAAUCCAAAGCAAAUGUUGUAUCCCAGACUUCAAGAGUAGGUCUGCUGAUCGGCUGUGCGAGUUUUACAUUGAGUCUCCUUUUAUUAUUUGAUCCUUAACUGGGAGCACAAAGCGUUUCAAUAAGAAUUUCAAUGAAAAUAAACAUAAAAAAAAAACUUGA